CUAAUGCUGCGGGCUGCUGCAGACGGGCGUCUGGUGCGCGCGCUGGUGAUAGCUUGUCCGUCGAGCAUGCGUCACGCCACAUGUGCGAAAAGCCUCUCGGCGCCGCAGCAGCUUCACCUCAACCAGGGCCGUACGAACAUGUGGGCCUUGGUGCGACGACCAGCGACACCACCGCAUUCUUCUUCUUCCACGACCCCUCCCGCUGCCCUGUCUCUCCCGCCGAAUGCCAUGCCUCGAAUGCUGAUAUGAACCGCGCUGCCACGACUCACGACUGAUGCCUUGACACGCCCCGCCUGCCAGAUGGACCGCCGCUACCACGACCCCUACGCGCCCACCACACCUGCUGCUGCUUCGCGGCCCUCACGUCCAAACCACGCGCCGCCCUCCCCCACCGAUGCAAGAGCGGGGUACGCCCGACCGCGUGUGCAGCAGGUGACGGGCAGUGAGGCGGAGCAGUCAAGCAGAACAUACUCGAGUCGCCCGAGUACCGAUCGAUAUGACCCGCGAUACCACUACCCGCCUCCCCUCUCGACUUCCGCCACGUCUCAGUCAUACCGCACCCCACUGCGCAAGCGCCGCUCGUGGCCGCCUCAGCCCUGUGCCGAAGACGAGGCUGUGGCCCUGCGGAAGGAGGCCGACUCGCUGCUCCUACUGAAGAGAAUUGGCAAAGAUGAGGUGCCAUCCCGUGGCUCCAUCGACCAGGAUCCCGUCAUUGUCGACAACCCAGACUUUGUCAAUCAGCACGAACGUCGCUUCGUUCUGAAGCAGUCAAGCCAAAGCAGCACUGGCACUCUGCCAACGCCGCCCACCAGUGAGGAUGAGCAAGUACGCAAGGCUCGCCGAAGGCCUUCGAGGUUGGAGAUCAACAAGAAUGACCAGCGCGUGCCCGAGGCCACCGACCGCACUGCUACGCCAUAUGCUUAUACGAGGCCUACCAAGCUGUCACAGCAGUCCUCUUCGAGCAGCCAUCUGACUCCGCCUUCAUCUGCCGCAAGCGGCGGCCGCGGGGCUCGCCUUGAUGGGAGCGGGCCUAAACCCUCGUCGCCGCGUAGAGACUCUGGCCGGAUAAGCCCAAGCACUCGACAACGACGUGAUUAUUUCACAUCGGACAGGAGUAGCAAUGAAAGUGCCAUCGACGACAGUGAUAAUGACCGCAAACCGGCCGAUGCGAAGAGCCUUCGUGGAAGUGGCAAGCGGCUGACCGAGCUGCCUUUGACUGAGAGUCCCCGCGGCUCUUUCACCAAUCUCCCAAAUACUAUGAGCAGCGAAACUGCAGGAAUGCCCUCUGCCCAUGCACCUCCAAUCCGCCGGUCAGCCUUGGAUGCCAGGAGGAAUACAGAUACGCAAAGCACCCUGCCGACCAUGAACAAGCUCAACGCUGACAAGUCACGUCGACCUACUCCACUUAUGGCGGCGACGUCGUUGAGUGAGGCUCAGGACAUGCCUUCCUCGUUUGGUAGUAUGAGACUUGACCCCAAAUCGGCAGAGGCUUACCCUCGAUCUCGGGAGUCCAGCUAUGCACAGUCUCGUCCGGUCUCGAGAGAAGGAUCUGUUGCCAACGGCGCUCCUCCGUCGCCUUCACGCUCGCCCGUAGCAAGCGCAGACUACUCCAAGGAUGCUCGCAUCUCUCGCGAGGGCAGCUUGCUUGGCUCCAAGCCACCUUCUGCAACCAGUUCGCGACCCACUUCGCCUUCUCCACGGACUCCAGGCGAUGCUCCACGCAUGCCUCGUACAGAUCUAGAUUGGACGGCUCUGCUUGCAGCAAAUGCGGCAAGGCGUACCAAGCCACCUUCAAGGCUGUCAUCUGCUGUCCCACAUGAUGCAGCGCCAACUUCAGCUCCACUGUCGGCGCCACCGGUGGACUGGCCUCGGAAAGCUUCUCCGAAGGAGCUCACCCCUGCACAGUCUUCGCCAAGUCUACCAUAUCCGGAAGAUCACAGCCUUAUGGGAUCCACCAUGUUCAUGCCGACUGAGCAAGAGUACGCCUAUAAUCCCGUCAAGCAAAACUCCUUCCCGCCUUCUUCUUCGUCCGAUGUUGCAAAGCUGUCUGGCACCUCGACACCGGCGUCCAGCAGCUCUGCUCAGUCAAGUUUGCACCCUCCUCGGCCAAGCUUGAACAGAAUGCACUCUGCCGCACCCUCGACCAGUACCACCACCACAGAUAUGCGUGCUCCGGAAGGGCGACCUCGAAUGACCACAUCUCGACAGGCAUCUUUCGCUGAGUCCUCUCAGACCAAGAAAGAAAUUGCUGCUCUGUCCAGAAAGGGCCUACCUGCGUGCCCAAGACAGGAACCAGUAGCUGGCAAAGAUGACUGGUACACGAUCACGGGUCACACCAACAUCGACUUUUGUCCCGAUUGUAUAGAUACGUUGUUUGAGAGAACUGUAUUCCGCAAUGCAUUUCGUCGAUCACUUCCGAGGAGCUACAGCGAAAAAGUUCGUUGCGCUUUUGGAUCACCUUGGAUACGUCUGGCCUGGCUCCUCACACUUCAACAGCACCGUACGGACCUGACACUGUUGCAAGACAUUGCAGAUAUCGAGGAGACCAGCGCCCCAUGCCCGGGAGGAAUACAAUCGGUUCAAAAUUGGUACGGCCUGCGCGACCCAGACGGGCUUUUCGUUCGCGACUUCCACUUGUGUUACGGCGACGUUCGGAAGAUCGAGUGUCUGCUGCCCACGCUUUCCGGCAUUUUCGUUCGACUGCCACAGCGUGCAUCUUACACCAAGAGUACUUGUGCCAUCCGCAUGGACAGCACUCGUUUCUCGUCCUACCUCGAUGCUUUGGUCAUACUGCACGAGAAAGCACUCGCUGCUCGUAGGAACGCGGACCCUAUGCCUCUGAUCGAUCUCGUUGAGCGAAAGACUCGCUUGAGGGAAUGUACCAAGGAUACGCUCCUCAUCGGUGCUCUCUGGCAUUACAUUCCCGACCUCGCUCCCGCUUUCACGGUGUGCGAAGACUGCUUUGAGUCCGUUGUGGAGCCUGAGAUCAAAAAGAACAAAUCACUCGCGAAGAAGUUCAAUCGCACUCUUCAGCCUGUCUAUAGCGAGGGCAUCGGCUGCAGUUGUCAACUGUAUUCCCCGCAUAUGAGGAAAGUCUUUGCGCGAGCGGUCGAAGAUAACGACAUGAAGUACUUGGUUCGCAAGGCCAAAGAGAGAAGGGAGGCGGAAGUCUACUUGCAGGAAAAGUUCAAGGGUGUCAUGACUAAGGCUAAGAGACUUAGUAUGGAAGGCACCGUCACUGAAGAUGAUGAAAGGAGACUGAAUCGAGAUUUGGAAAAGAUUACCAAGGAAUGGAAAGAGAGGUGGGAGUGAUUGUCCCCUUCUUGUGUUGUAUUAUGGGAUAGAGGCUCUCUAUGGUGGCUUUUUGUGCAAAAAAGUUUAGGGGAAGGGACGAAAUGAUGAGAUACGAACGAAUGAAAAAGAACACCUCAAAAAGUGUCCAAUUUCGCGAGCAGCGUGAACUGGGAGCUUUCAAUUGUGUU